GUUAGUGGCAACGGACGAAGCUACGCACAGUUGAGCAAAGCAAACACAAACUAGAGGUACAAGAGACAAAAACAUUGGUCAAAUAGCAGCAAACCAGACAAAUAAAUUGGAACAAGUUUCAUUCAAGGAAGGAAAAUAAAGAGUAUUGCCUGCUUUUAGGCGUCACAUUGACAAACAAACAAUUACGAGCGCAGCUAUUUUACGUGAGCGUGUGUGUGCGUGCGUGCAGUGAAGCGCGGCCUUUAUUUUUGGCAACCCCCCCUCUUAUAUAUAUGUGUGUGUACAAGUUGUAUGCCAGCGUUGCCCCAUCGUUGUUGCAGAAAUCCGAAACAUUUUAAAAAUCAACAAAUCAAGUCAAACCAGUCUUAAUUAAAGCUGACGACGAGGACCAAAGACAAAGACGAGAAAGAGGAGGACGAUUGGUAAUUGUAAUUGCGAGUAAAAGGCGUGCAAUGUUCAUUGCAUCAGCAGCAUGGAGCUCAGCUGCUUCGUGGCGACUGCUGUGCAUCGGCCUUUUGGGGCUUUCUAUGGGUCUGCUGACCAUUGAGGCAGGCUCCAGCCAUGCCAGUCGAUCUGGCGGCCUGGGCAAUCAGGCGGUGUUCACCAGCUCGUUCCUGGUGCGAUUUCGCCGUGGUGUCGACAAUGACUUUGCGCACAAGGUGGCCGAUAAAUAUGGCUUCGACAAUUUGGGACCGCUCGUGGGCGCACAUGGACAUGAGUACCACUUCAAGCACAGAACGUUGCCACACGCACGCUCCCGUCGCAGCCUCUCACACACGCGUGCACUGAAGAGUCAUCCCUGGGUGCACACGGCCGUCCAGCAGCCGGGCUUCAAACGUGUCAAACGUGGUCUGCGCCCAGCUGUGCCCGCCAUCCAUGGCCUGCAAUAUGAUGCGACUCUGGGCGAGUCAAACAGCGUGGGUGCUGAGCCCACAGAUCCAUACUUUCCCUUGCAAUGGUAUCUGAAAAACACUGGACAAAAUGGCGGAAAGGUACGACUGGAUUUAAAUGUGCAGGCCGCCUGGGAUCAGGGAAUUACAGGGAAGAACGUGACAACAGCUAUAAUGGAUGAUGGAGUUGACUACAUGCAUCCGGAUUUAAAAUUUAAUUAUAAUGCCGAAGCGAGCUAUGACUUUAGCAGCAAUGAUCCCUUUCCUUAUCCGCGCUAUACCGAUGAUUGGUUUAACAGCCAUGGCACACGAUGUGCUGGAGAAGUGGCUGCUGCCAGAGAUAAUGGAAUUUGUGGCGUUGGCGUUGCCUAUGACAGCAAAAUCGCAGGCAUACGCAUGCUAGAUCAGCCCUAUAUGACGGACCUAAUCGAGGCCAACUCAAUGGGCCAUGAACCGCAUAAAAUCCACAUAUAUAGUGCUUCCUGGGGGCCUACAGAUGAUGGCAAGACAGUGGAUGGGCCGAGAAAUGCCACCAUGCGCGCUAUUGUGCAGGGCGUCAAUGAGGGUCGCAAUGGUCUGGGCAACAUCUACGUUUGGGCAUCGGGUGAUGGCGGGGAGGAGGAUGACUGCAACUGCGAUGGCUAUGCCGCCUCGAUGUGGACAAUUUCCAUCAAUAGUGCCAUUAAUGAUGGCCAGAACGCGCACUACGACGAGAGCUGCAGCUCGACGCUGGCGUCGACAUUCAGCAAUGGUGCCAAGGAUCCAAACACAGGCGUAGCUACCACGGACUUGUACGGCAAAUGCACCACAACACAUUCGGGAACCAGUGCAGCAGCGCCCGAAGCUGCGGGCGUCUUUGCUCUGGCUCUAGAGGCAAACCCGCAAUUGACUUGGCGCGACAUACAACAUUUGACGGUCCUGACAUCGAAGCGCAACUCCUUAUUUGAUGCCAAGAACCGCUUUUAUUGGACAAUGAAUGGCGUUGGUCUGGAGUUCAAUCACCUCUUUGGAUUCGGCGUACUCGAUGCGGGGGCGAUGGUCACGUUAUCCAAGCAGUGGCAUACAGUGCCAGCACGCUAUCAUUGCGAGGCCGGCGAGAUUACAAAACCACAGGCUAUAAUCAUGGGUCGCUCGCUGUUCAUGGAAAUUAGAACAGAUGCCUGCAAAGGUACCGACACGGAGGUUAAUUAUUUGGAGCACGUGCAGGCAGUCAUUUCGGCAAAUGCGUCACGACGUGGGGACCUGGAGUUAUUCUUAACAUCCCCCAUGGGAACCAGGUCGAUGAUCCUGUCGCGGCGCGCAAAUGAUGAUGAUCAUCGUGAUGGUUUUACCAAGUGGCCCUUUAUGACCACACACUCCUGGGGCGAGUACCCACAAGGCACCUGGAUACUGGAGGCACGUUUUAAUUCGCCGCAAACACGCAACGGAUAUCUCCUGGAAUGGUCCCUCGUGCUACAUGGUACCAAGGAGGCGCCAUAUCGUACCCUGUCGCCCUCUUCACCACACUCGAAACUGGCCAUUGUUAAGAAGGCGCACGAGGACAAGAAAAUGAAGUAAGGCGGGACCGGGCAGCCAACCCAUAGCUGUAAUUUUUUUUGCGGCUUCGUCCAUCAAACAUCAUGGGGUUUAUCAUCGAGAUAAUGUGAAGAGCAACAAUUGUGCUGGCUGUGUUUGAUUCAAUUUAGUUUUUCUCAUCUUUACCAAAUUUUUAAAUUAUUGAUUAUUUAAAUUUGUUUCUUUUGUUAUUAUUUUUGAGUUCUUAUCGUUAUAAUUUGAUUGAGAAUUGUACCAUAUUUUAAAUCCAAAUAUUAAAUAGAAUGAAAUAUUUUACUGAUUUAUUUGUCUACAAAUGAAUGUUUAUAAAAAUUAAUUUACCAAGCACCAUCGGGGAUGCAGUGUUCUCACUUUUUCUCUUUAAUACAAUUUUUAAAAUAUUUCGAAGCGCACAUUUAUUUUUAGACGUAGGACGUUCAACCGUAAGAAGAACCAACAAAAAGAUCAGUUAAGCCAAAAAAUCCUAGCACAGAUAUAGCUAAACAAAGUUAUCAAUUCAAAGAAAAAUCAAAAAUUGGAAUUUAUUUUAAAAGAAAAUGUAAAAAACGGAAUUAAAAUACAAGAAAGAUGUUUAAAAAUAAACUUGAACUUCUGCACCAAUUAAUUUAAUAUAUACUACAGAUUAUGCAAAAAUGCAGAACAUGUUAAAAAUAGUUCACAAAAAUAGAAACAUAUUCAAAACAUGUGUAACACAUUGAUUUACAAUUGAGCGACAGAGCGAGGAAUAACUGAAAAGUAUUAUAAUUAGCUAAAAGGAAGAAAAACAAAAAGAAAUACUAAUAUGUAAAUGUACUUUAUCUAUAUGUAUGCAUACCCUACCCAUAAAUGUGUCCUAUGUACUAGACUCUAAAUAUUAGUAUAUAAUAUACAAAUGCAAAUAUUUUAAAGCUACAGUAUUUUAUUUUUCAUAUGCAUACCUGCAUAUAUUUACAUAACUAAAGUAUCUAAAACAUUAAAUGUUAGACACUAACACGAAGAAGUUUGUCACUUAAUUUAGAACAUCAAAAACUAAGUUGCAAGCUGCUUCCAUUAAUCUUCAAAAGUCUAUUUAGUUCGAGAUUCGUACGAGUAAAAUGCAUUUACAUAGUUUUCAGUUUCUUUCGGGGGCCAAAACAAAAAAUUAAAUAAAAUAUUGCGCAUAACAAUUGUUAAUAAUAUACAAACAAGCAUGGCGUGUGUUAUUUAUGAAAGUCUAAAGCUAAAACAAAAAGCAAAAAAAUGUUAAAAACAGUAAUAAAAAGUACAAGUUCAGAACAUUUUAAAAGUGCGCAGAGUGUGUAGAAAGUAAAGACAGUUUGUUUUAUUUAGUAAAAAGAACGAAACUAAUACGACAAAUGGCAUUGUUAAAGUUUAUGGAAUAUGUGCAAAAUCAUAUGAUACAAAUAUAUAAAUAUACAUACAUAUACUUAUAUACAAAUACAUAAAUAUAUGCGAUAUAUAACACGUAUAGUUUAUUAUUCAAGAAAGUGUAACUAUUUAGAGUUGACCAGAUGUGGUAAAUGUGGCAUACAAGAAGGCAUGGAAAUUAAAUACAUACAUAUAUACACAGAGCAACAGCAGCUAUAUAAAUAUAACUAUACAUAAAUAUGCGAGUACAUAAAUGUAUAAAUAUAUACCUAAAAAUAAAUGCAAACAAUUCCAUGCAAAAAACUAUCUAAGUUACUUAUAUGAAAAAAAAAUUAUCUAUCAAUGUUGUACAUAAUAAAACACACACAAUACAAAGUAUAUACCGAAAAGGAAGAGAUAGAAAAUCAGGCGAAACUCAAUAAAGAGGCAUCCCUUUAUAGUACAGAGAUAUUUACGUGCAUAGCCUAUGAUUUCAUGUAGAGUUUUAUAUAUUUUUUCCGUUUCGACAAAUAAUUUGCAUAAUUUAAUUUUGCUUAACUAUUUCCAUAUAAUGGACACGAAAAAUAUAUGAUUUAAUUUUGUAAAUAAAAGUUGAAAAACGGUGUGGCAUGAAUUUUUUGUUAGGCAACAUUGUAGACAUUUUAAUAAAUGGAUAACCAUAAGAGCUACAGGUAAAGGACUUAGUCAUAAAGAAAAGCCACUGUCAGUCGAAAUAAAAGUAAUCUUACUUGAAAUA